AUCCAGCCACCAUGAAAGAGAUUUCUCCUUUCUUUGUUGUCUAAACUGCAUCAGCGUUGUGUUUACCAGAUUCUUGAAGAUGGUUCUUUUGCAACCAGAUCCAUUUCUCAAUGAGCUCACCAACAUGUACGAGCGUAACAGAGAGAAAGGCUCAGUUUGGGUCACCCUCAAACGAUCUUCUCUGAAGUCGAAGAGGAAGAGGAAGGUAGAAUACGCGACAGAUGUUGUUGAUUUCAGAUGCCUGGUGCGAGCCACUGAUGGGAAGAAGACCAUCUCCACUAGUUUGUCAGCGAAGGAUCACCUGCGCUUUCAGGCCUCAUAUGCAACAUUGUUGAGGGCUCACAUGCAUGCCCUCAAGAAGAGGGAGAGGAAGGACAAGAAGAAGGCUGUUUCUGAGGUUGAUAAAAAGCUGCAGCAGCAGGUUGCGGCCAAGAAGACCCCUCCAAAACCAAAAAACUAGGCCUCCUUUUUUUGUAAUGGAAUUUUUCAGCAUUACACUAAUUUUUGGUCCAAUUGAAAUCUAAGUUAAUUGGAAAGUUGAAUUUAAUUUUUUUUGCAUGGCUAAUUUUGUCAAUAUCGUUUUUGCUCGUCUUUCAAAAGAUAGCUAUGUGACUUAGGAAUCCUUAUUGUCAAUAUCGUUUUUGCUUAUUUGGCAAUUGGGAAUGCAAAAGUUUCUACGAAUCUUUGGGAAA